AUGAAAUCAUCCAUGGCCAUUACGAAAAGUGCGGCAUUUCGGUUCAUGCUGCUUUUGCAUUUAUUUUUGAAAGUGAAAAUGUGUGUCGGCUUCGUCGAUGCGCUGGCCGCCGGUGACAGUGACAUUAAUUAUGAGGACAGUGACGAGCGGCUGGUGGAGGCCGUUGGUGGUGGAGGGGCAGCAAGAGGAAGAGAAGGAACCGCCUGGGUGACAGGACGGUUCGUCCCAACCACCAGCGUGCCGGCGCCGAGCAAUUUAAUGCGCUGGGAGGGCACUGGCCAUACUGCCCGGUCCCGUAUGCAUCACGUUCGGCAUGAGCAGCAUUACUUGAAACAUCGGCCAAUAAAGGUGCCAAACGCGGUGGAUUCGACGAUGGUGGCGCAGAAUCCGGUACCGCACCAGGCGCAUACCGGGCCCGGUACGGCUAGCGUUCAGCAAAACGCAAUCCAAUACAGCCAACAUCAUCAUCAUCAUCACCAUCACCACAAUCAUCACAAUCGUCCAAAGCAUCAUGUGCAGGUGCAUCCUUCCAAACAUGAUCGGAAGGUGGAUGCAGACUCUACGGAACAGGAAGUCAUUUUGGUAGAGCCAAACCGACAAGGUGGAGCACAUCGUGUUGCUUCACAAUCGGCCGAACGGAGAGCUAUGUAUGAGAGGGCAAAUGCAAAGAACAUAUGGAACAGUAUGAGUGAAGGGCGUGAAGUACGGGAUCGGCAGGUAGUCAUCAACAGGAAGCGUUCGGCAUCUGCCUUCCACUUGUUGACCUCAAAUGCGCUGACGGAUGCGGAACCGAGCAGCUCCAAGAAGUCAUCCGAACGGUCUAUAAAUCCGGGCAGCAAAAACUACUUCGAGGAGCUGCUGAACAACUACAAAAGCAACUCGCCCUACUAUAAGGAGCUGCACCAGGUGCGAAGUCCUCAAACGAAAGCGUUACCACCGGGCAAAAGGAAUCAGCGAAGUUCUGCCGAGGCAGCCACAAAAAGUGUUUCGAAAUCGAAAGCUCCACCGGCCAUCGAUGGUGACCUCGACUAUCUGUACGACGACGAGACGGAUGACAGCGUGCAAAAUGACGCACCUUCUGGCGGCGCAAUGUCUACGAGUACGAGAGCUCCAAGUACCACCACCACCACGGUGAGGACUACGACGACGGCGUCUACUACCACCGCCAGAAGCAUCCCGGCUUCGGACGAAUCCGACGAAACGGGUGCGAACGAAUCGAACGACGGUGCGGGCUCUGAGGCGGACACCAGCUACAGUACGUACUACCAGAAAGCAUACGCAAUGCACUCGAACCCACGACGAAACGGCAACAAUCGGUACAACAGUAUUGCACGGCCACCGACACCGGUGCAGCAUCAUCAGCAGCAGCCGCACUACAAGCGCGUCCACACCGACAGGAUUGAUCCGGCCAAACAAGUGAGCUAUCCCGGACGGUACGAAACGCUCACUGACUACAAGCAGGCAAAUUUUGGCUCCAAAGACGCCGUGCAACGGUCCUACAAUGCGUACAGCAACAUCCACGUUGCUAGAAGUGAGGCGAAGAAACACAUCGAUCGGAUUACCACGGAAGGCAAGUGCCAGGUGCCCAAACCAAAAAUUAUUCCGGCAUCAAACGAUAGGUCGAAGGUAUUUACGCCCCACUGUACCAUUCUGCAUCGAUGCGAGGCCGAUACGGGGUGCUGUGCACCCACCCAAACUUGCGCUCCCAAGAACACGAGUGAAGUGAAGCUGUUCUUCUAUGUGAGUAAUGCCACCUACGUGAGUAACAUAGGACCACGACAGCAGAGUACAAUAACUACCCUUACCUUCACCAACCAUACCGAGUGCCAUUGCGUACUGUUGGAUUCGGUGCAGAACUCACUGGAAAAUAGUGCGGAGGGUAGUGGAGGAUCCAGUGGUGGUGUUAGCAGCAUCAGCAGCAGUUGCACAUGUCCACACCAUUAUAAGCCCGUCUUCGACAACGAAUCGCAGUGCUACUGUGACUGUCUGUCGAGUGAUCGGGACUGCAUUCGGUUUAAGGAGGGCUUCGAGAACUUUUCCAUGGAAACACGCAAAUGCAUCCGGAGUAAAAAGUGUAAUGUUCCGCGCUGUGAGUACGGCAUGUACAACCGACACGAAGGAAGAUGUCCGAAGAAGAUUGAUCGAUUCAACGAACAGUUCCCGCAGUACCGGUGA